UCAUGCUGCUGCCAGGUCCAGAGUCUCUCAUGGGUCCCUGUACGGCCUCCCAUUGCUGCUGUCUCCAUCGCCACACUCUGCCAUGUGCCACUUUCAGGUCUCCUCACACUGCUGGUGUGUUCCAUUUUGUCAUAGGGUGCUGGCAGAUUACGGGCCUCCCAUUGCUGCUGCCAGGCCCGUAAUCUGCCAUGGGCCCCCGUACCGCCCUCCUCAUGCUGCUGCCAGGUCCACAGUGUCUCAUGGGUCCCUGUACGGCCUCCCAUUGCUGCUGUCUCCAUCGCCACACUCUGCCAUGUGCCACUUUCAGGUCUCCUCACACUGCUGGUGUGUUCCAUUUUGU